AUGGCCUUCUUUAAGAACUUUCAGCAGAACCUCCCGUCUGUCAACAUUUCUUCCAUAUUGGAUUCGGUCAGCAGCAAAGUGGACGACCUGGCCAACGCCGUCAGCGAUGUCACAUAUGCAGUCAGCGACCAGCUGACCGAGCAGGUCAACACCAUCAUCAACAAGGUCCAGGAGGAAGAGGAUGGAGAGCAGGAGGGAGCGCAGACCUCCCCUGAGAAUAGGAGCGUGAGGCCAGAAACGACAAAUUCAAUCUCUAAAAACAACCAAAAUAGCGACGCAGCUGAGGCCGACUACAUGCAAAGCAAGCUUGAAUGGGAAUGGAGGGACGGAUGCUGGCGGGUGAAGAAGACAGAAGCAGAGUUAGCAGAAGAAGAGAGGAGGAAGAAAUUGGAGAGAGAGUUGCAGGAGAAGAGGGAGCAGAGGAGGAAAGAGAGGAGGGAAAAGCGUUUGGAGAAGGCUGCCAUGACUGCCAAAAAUGAAGAACCUUCCGAAGAAGGACAGGAAGAAGAUGCAGAGGCCGAUGAAUUAAAAGAAACAGGACAAGAAACGAGCCAAGGCAAAGACAUAACUCAACCUAGUGAAUGUGAAGAAUGUGACGAACCUGUGUCAUGCGGUGAAAGUGAGAAAAUUUCUGAACAGAUUGACGAACCUAAUGAGGAGGACAGGUACAGCCUGGAGAGAGAAGAUGAGAACGAGGAGUUGCCAGAUGUCUCUAGAACUAAAGUAAAGAAGAAAAAGUUGAAUAAAAAGAAGGAGAAAGCGGCUAAGAAAGCAGAAAAAGCAGCAAAGAAGAAGGAAAAAAGUAAGAAGAGCAAGAAGAAGGAGAAAAGCAAACAAGAAGCAGUUCUGACAGAAAGUGAGGAGGAGAGAGACCCGGAGCCUUUGGUGCAGUCCAACGUGACCACAGUUUUCAGCAGUGCUAACAAGAAGGCCACAGAGCAGGAAGGCUAUAGCAGUGAGGCCUCCAGUGAAUAUGCCAACAGCAUUCAGAAGAUAAAGAAAGCGCCUUCACUCACAGAGGGCCAGCCUCCUCCUUACCAGGACCGGGUGUCGGUGACCCGUGUUUCCUCCUCUCGCUCCAGGGGCCGCAGGUCAUCCCCUCAGCGCUGCUCUAGUGAGGUCAGCGUGGACCAGGACUCGGAGAGCUACCUCAACAAGGGUUGCGAGGAAGACAUACCCAGUGACAGCACUGCUGUGGUGGGACCUGAGGACAACUCUGGUCCACUGCUUCCUUCAGCCUAUGAGCCAGAGCCCCUGGCCAAGUACGGCACGCUGGAUGUGGCCUUCGAAUACGACUCCAACGAACAGUGGCUGGCCGUCACUGUCACAGCGGCUACAGACAUUCCUGCUCUCAAACAGACAGGAAACAUCUCGUGGCAGGUCCACCUCGUCCUACUUCCCACCAAAAAGCAACGGGCCAAGACGGGCGUCCAAAAGGGCCCAUGUCCGGUCUUUACUGAGACGUUCAAGUUCUCCAGAAUGGAACAGGAGGCACUGAGCGACUGCGCCGUUCGAUUUCGCUUGUACAGCAUCAGGCGAAUGAAAAAGGAGAAGAUCCUGGGCGAGAAGGUGUUCCAUCUCACAAAGCUCAACUUGCAGGGGAAAAUCGCUCUGCCUGUCACCCUGGAGCCUGGCUCUGAACUCACAGGUUGCGGCUCGAUGGUAAGUGUGUCCCGCAGUGCGGGGGCUGUGUCCUAUCGCUCUACCGAAGACUCGUCCUCGCCGGAGAUUCUCCUGGGCCUCGUGUACAACUCGGCCACAGGGCAUCUAUCUGCCGAGGUGAUCCAAGGGAGCCAUUUUAAAAGCACAGCGUCUGAUAAACCUGUCAAUGGUCUGUUUUGUUGUAUAAAACAUUUCGUUGGGGGACAGCUUUAUAUCAUGAGAGACACAUACGUGACACUGACCAUGCUGGACUCCAAAGGGAAGGAAAUGUACAAGUUCAAAACAGCAGUGUGCCGCGGGCAGCCCAGUCCCGCCUACAAAGAGACCUUCGUCUUCCAGGUGGCGCUCUUUCAGCUGUCCGACGUGUCACUGGUGCUGUCCGUGUUCUGCCGACGCAGUAGCUUGAGGCCGCGAGAACGCCUGGGCUGGGUCUCUUUGGGGCACAGCAGCACCGGCGAGGAGCAACUCGCCCACUGGACUGAAAUGAAGGAGGCUGAGGGCCAACAGGUGUGUCACUGGCACACGCUCACCGACACAAAGGGCCUUAUUUACUAA